AUGGAUUUUAAUGAGGGUUAUCCCAAAAAUGUGGGAAUUCUUGCGAUAGAUAUAUACUUUCCAAACACAUAUGUCGAUCAGAAAGAACUGGAAGUCUAUAAUGGAGUGUCCGAAGGGAAGUACACCAUAGGGUUGGGUCAGCACCAGAUGGCUGUUUGCACGGACAGGGAGGACAUCCACUCGAUAUGUCUGACUGUAACCAAACAACUGAUGGAUAAGCACUCAAUAUCUGGCAGAGAUGUGGGCCUUUUGAUGGUCGGCACCGAGACAUUGAUAGAUAAGUCGAAAAGUGUGAAAACAGUUUUAAUGCAAUUGUUCGCUGAGUCCGGGAAUACAGACAUUGAGGGCAUUCACAGCACUAAUGCCUGCUAUGGAGGCACUGACGCCCUGUUCCGGGCCUGGGAUUGGGUUGAGUCGAGUUCGUGGGACGGGAGGUAUGCCAUCGUUGUGGCCGCAGAUAUUGCUAUCUAUGCUCGGGGACCGGCCAGACCAACAGGUGGUUGUGGUGCAGUGGCAAUGCUGGUGGGUCCGGAUGCUGCCAUAGUAUUUGAUCGGAAAGUUAGGUCAACGCAUAUGACACAUGUCUACGACUUUUAUAAACCAGAUAUGAGUUCAGAGUAUCCGACAGUUGACGGACACCUGUCCAUUAGAUGCUAUAAAGGGGCACUGGAUAAGUGCUACCAGUUAUAUAUGAAUAAAACAAAUAAGCAUGGUAAUAAUAUAUCACUGGACUCGUUUGAUGGUGUACUAUUUCACGCCCCUUAUUGUAAACUUGUGCAAAAAUCAAUGGCUCGACUAUACUUGCUCAAUUAUUUACAAAUGGCUAAAAUUAAUAUGAAAUCCUUUAAAUGUGAAAAGGAACUAGACAUUUAUAAAAAUGCUAAACUCGAGGACACGUACGACAAU